AUGCAUGAAUUAUUUUUGAUAUUUGAUAAGUAUGACCUUUCUCUAGCUGAUGUCUCCGCUGAGAAGGUCAGCGAAUUAGAGAUCCAACUCGCUGAGCGCAUUGUUGAACUACUUGUCGAUCUUCAAAGUCAGCUGCCCACUCGGAGGUACACGCAUCUUGUCAUUGACUACAAACACGUAGUAGUAAAAUGUAUGCGUUCAAAAUUUUCUGCGGCGCUCUCCAAAGAUAGCGUUUUUAACCGUCUGGUCGAGCUUCUGCGUUUUUAUAUGGGCUUUGAAAUCAACAACAUUACAGGCGCUGCUCUUACGGAGACGGAAAUGGAGGCGCUUCAUUACGGCGCUAUUAAAGAACUCCAACGGCUUGCUUUCACCGACUUUCCUGAACUUGAAGAAUUAGCCAUGACUAGCGUGUCUAGCAUCGACUCCAAAGAAAAGUUGCUUGUUCACUUGAAACCGCUUUCGGACGAACGGCUCCUAGAGCUGGCGCAACGGCUGUACCUGGUGCCAGCUGCAACCUCCGUCGACCGCAAUUUGCUGUGUGACGUCAUAACUGAGAAGUACGUGAGGCGGAUGAGCCAGAUCGACGCCAUCAAUAGGACUCCCCUCUUUCCUUCGGAAGACACAUUGUUUUACAGUAACAUUCCCGAUAAAUACUUCGGAGAUAUCUGCUUAGCCUUGCCUAAACUUAACCUUCAGUUUUUGACGCUACAUGACUAUCUGUUGCGUAACUUAAAUCUCUUUAUGUUGGAGAGUUUUUACGAGAUUCGGGAGGAUAUUAUAGAUGUGAUCAAGAGAAUGCCUGCUUACACCGAUGGCGAAGGGCGGACCCACUUUGGGGGAUGGGCGCGCAUGGCGGUACAGAUGGACACUUUUUCUAUUGUGGAGGUCGCCAAACCCAAUUUGGGCGAGUUUAAGCCUAGCAAAGUCAGAGCGGAUAUCUCGUUUGACACCAGUCUGCUUCGCGCCAACAUAAAGACUGAGUGGGACAAUUUAAGAAGACAUGACGUGCUUUUUUUGGUAGCAAUUCAAGGAAGCCCGCAUCGCAUCGGCAAGCCCGACCCCAAGCACCCCUUUUUGCCUCAACGUUACGGCGUCCAGUAUGUACGGGGGUGCGAAGUUGAGGGUUACUUGGACAAUGACGGAAGCUUGUACGACGACGCCUACGAAAAGCCAAAACAGUUCAAGGGGCCUAUCCGCACCUUGCGCGUGUGGCUAGACACCAAUCAAUACUUUCAAGAUAUAAAUGGCGACAAGCAGGAUGCUUAUGACCAUCUUAACUUGAUUAUCCGGAGGAAACCUAAAGAGAACAACUUCAAAGCAGUACUUGCGACCAUUAAGGACCUUAUGAAUACCCAUUGCGUCGUGCCCGACUGGCUUCACGAUGUGUUUUUGGGCUAUGGUGCUCCCGACUCUGCCGCUUACUGGACGCUGGUCGACUAUAAAAAGUCGCACACGUAUAAUUUUAAUGAUACCUUUGUGGACUUGGAACAUCUCCGUGCGAGCUUUCCUCGUCAGCAGAUAGAGUUUGAUUCUAGUGACCCCUCCGAAUUCAUAACGCCUCCUUUUAAGAUCACUUUCCCCGCUCGCAGUCAGCCACUCUUAAAGGAGGGGGAUAUCCUUGUUGUUAAGCCAUAUAAGCACGUGAAUAUGGGUCCGUACCCCCAAAAUGUCCCCCGCACGAAUGUUAUAAGGUUCACUCCAGUGCAAGUUGAGGCCAUUGUUUCUGCCAUGUACCCUGGGCUCACCAUGGUGGUCGGUCCGCCAGGCACCGGCAAAACUGACGUUGCCGUGCAGAUCAUAUCCAAUUGGUACCACAACAACCCCGAGCAAAGGACUCUACUAAUAACCCAUUCGAACCAGACUCUUAACCAGCUUUUUGAAAAAAUUAUAUAUCUGGAUAUUGACGAGAGACAUCUGCUCCGGUUGGGGAUGGGAGAAAAAGAUAUCGAUAGUAAAAAAGUCUUUACUAAGUAUGGUCGGGUCAAUUACAUCCUCGAGCGCCGCCUGUUGCUGCUUGACGAAGUCCAAAGAUUGGCGGAAAGCUUUGGCGUUCAAGGCGAUAUCGGGUACACUUGUGAGACAGCUGGCUACUUUUACCUCUACAGUGUCCUUGCAAAGUGGGAAGAGUUCUUAAGCAAGAUCCGCCAUACAGCGGAAGAUGCUGAGUUGGUCUCCAAAGCUUUCCCGUUCCACAAGUACUUUGCCAGUGCUCCACAGCCUUUGUUUAAAAAGAAAAGUUUAAGGGAAGACUUUGAGAUUGCGGAAGGGUGUUUUCGGCACCUUAAAAAAAUCUUUACUGAGCUGGAAGAGUUUAAAGCAUUUGAGAUACUCCGGACGGGCUCGGACCGGGUGGAUUAUCUGCUCGUGAAGGAGGCAAAGAUUAUUGCGAUGACUUGCACCCACGCCGCCCUAAAACGGGCUGACCUCGUGAAGCUUAGAUUUCAGUUCGAUAACGUGCUUUUGGAAGAGGCUGGGCAAAUUCUUGAAAUCGAGACAUUUAUUCCUUUGAUGUGUCAGAACCCUGAAGAUGGACGAAACCGGUUGAAGCGGGUAGUAUUGAUCGGGGACCACCAUCAGCUGCCGCCCAUUAUUAAGAAUCAGGUGUUUCAAAAGUUUUGCAACAUGGAGCAGUCCAUGUUUUCUAGGUUUAUACGGCUCAACGUGCCCGCCGUCCAUCUCAAUGCACAGGGCCGUGCUCGUCCAUCCAUUGCCACUCUUUUUCGUUGGAGAUAUCGGGAUUUGGGGGAUCUGGACCAUGUCCACCUCGGCGACCAGUUUAAAACCGCUAAUGCCGGUUUUUUGUAUGAAUACCAAUUUAUCGAUGUCCAGGAUCUUAACGGAGCUGGCGAGACUCAUCCGCAGCCCUAUUUCUACCAGAAUUUAGCGGAGGCAGAGUACGUUGUUUGGACUUUUAUGUACAUGAGGCUUCUGGGCUAUCCAGCGAAGGAUAUCUCGAUCAUUACGAGUUACAACGGCCAGAAGCACCUCAUCAGAGACGUUUUGAACAGUCGCUGUGCGUGGAACCCACUCUUUGGUCUUCCUUAUAAAGUGACCACUGUGGACCGCUAUCAGGGCCAACAAAACGACUAUAUUCUGCUUUCCCUCGUGCGCACCAGAAAUAUCGGUCACAUCCGCGACGUGAGGCGUUUGGUUGUAUCCCUCUCGCGUGCUCGGCUUGGGCUUUACGUGUUUGGCAGAGAGUCUUUGUUUUCAAGCUGCUUUGAGUUUCGAGAGCCGUUGAGACUUUUUAAAGAAAGACCUACCAAGCUUGUUAUGGUCCCCUUUGAAAUCUUUCCCACCAAUCGACAAGUGGAUGAUAUCAUACCUCCUAAUCAUUGCAGAAGUAUUAAUGACGUUAUAGAAAUGGCCAAGGUGAUAUCUGAACUCCAAAAACAGUACGAAACACAAGCAAAUAAUGACAAUAAAUAAAAUUAUUAACAUCACACCCUUUUUAAUCAUACACGUUGCGAUAUUUAUUUGGACUCUACCAUCAACUUUUUUGUAGAUUCCGUUAGCCCUUAUUUCUCUGUAAAAUUGGUCUAAUAAACUAGUG